AUGUUGCUGAGGCUGCUGUUGCUGCUACUGCCCGUGCUGUGGGGAGGAGCCCUGGCUAAGGAUUCAGGCUACAGACUGAAACUAAAGGGGUCUGUGACAGUGCAGGAGAGUCUGUGUGUCUCUGUGCCAUGCAAGUUUUCCUACUCCAGGAUGUUCCCUAAAUACCUGCACCAGCAUUGGUUCAAGAAAGUAGGAAAUGAAAAGCUUGGUAUUCUGGUGGCCACAAACAAUCCAGAAGAGAAGCUACAAGAGAGGAUCCAGGGCCGGUUCUUGAUUCCCAUGGACCCCGAGUCCGAUGACUGCUCCCUGACCAUCAGAGAUGUCAACACGAGGGACAGUGGGACGUACUUCUUUCAUGUAAAAUAUGGACUCUAUGAACAUACAUAUGAAGACCAAAUGCUCUCUCUGAAAGUGACAGCCCUGACUGACAAACCUGACAUCCAGAUCCCAGGGCCCCUGGAGUCCGGCCGCCCCAAGAAACUGAACUGCUAUGUGCCCUGGGCCUGUGAGGAGGGCACGCCCCCCAUCUUCUCCUGGACAUCAGCUGCUUACACCUCCCUGGACCCCAGGUCUCAUCAUCUCUCCUCCGUGCUCACUCUCACCCCACGGCCCCAGGACCACGGCACCAACCUCACCUGUCAGGUGUAUUUUCCUGCCACUGGUGUGAGUGUGGAGAGAACCAUCCGGCUCAAUGUGGCCUAUGCUCCACAGAACAUGGCCAUCUGCGUCUUUCAAGGGAACAGCACAGCCCUCAAGAUUCUGCAAAACACUUCCUUUUCCUUCCUGGAGGGAGAGGCCCUGCGGCUGCUCUGUGAGGCUGACAGCAACCCCCCUGCCGAGCUGAGCUGGUUCCGGGAAUCCCCAGGCCUGAACGACACCCCCAUCUCCAGCACCGCGAUCCUGGAGCUGCCUCGCGUGGGGCCUGCACAGGAAGGAGAGUUCACCUGCCAAGCUCGGCACCCGCUGGGCUCCCACAGGGUCUCUCUCAGCCUCUCUCUGGGCUGUGACUCAGAGGGGCCCUGGACAAAUAGCUCCCUGAGCCUCAAGGAGGGGCUCAGUGAGGGACUCAGACUCAGCUGUGAGGCCCGGAAUGUGCACGGGGCCCAGAGCGCCUCUGUCCUGCUGCUGCCAGGCAGCCCGCACUCCAGCAGAUGUGUGACCGAGGAGCAGCAGGGCUCCUGGCCCCUGGUCCUCACCCUGAUCAGAGGGGCCCUCAUGGGGGCUGGCUUCCUCCUCACCUACGUCCUCACCUGGCUCUACUACACCAGGUGUGGAGGCCCCCGGAACAGGAGGCAGAGCUCCUGAUGGAUCCUCCCUUCCUCUCAAGAUGGACUGAGGUGUGGGUACCAGGCGAGAUGGACCGUCCUGGGACGUCAACGUCACCUUCUCCCUGGAAGCUCUUGACUCACCUGCCUCCAAUGUGCCCCUGGGGUUUCAGUGUGUGGAAGUGACUGAGUGAUCACAAGGGGACUCAAUGCCAUGGAGAGAAGACUUUUCCUCCUUUCACCUCCUGAGAGGAGGGGCCGCUGUGCCCGGGAAGCCCCGGAUUUCCUCAGGAAGCAGAUGCAGGUGCAGGGCAGCCUAGCGAAGGCCUUGAUUGGGGUUCCCAUGGGAAACGCAAGGCAGGGCAGGGUGAGCAGUUCAGGACCAGCUGGUGUGUGUCAGUCUGGGGGAUGGGCCUGUGGGCGUGGUCUCCAUGUGUCUGGUCACAGGUCCUGGGUGAUUCGGGGCAGGUGGGGAGGCUGGGAAUAUGGGCUCAGGUUGGGUUGGUUUGCAUCUGAAAUUCUUUGCUGUCUCUGAGAAUGGGCGGGCCCUGGGAGGCCCUGUGUCUCCUUGGCUUCCAAUCUGUUUAAUGGCUCAAAACAUCCUAAGAUACAGAA